GACUAUGGCUUCUGCAGCAGCAGAGGUGGAGAAGGGGUCUCCGGUUGUGGUGGGGAUGCUGGUCGUGGGCAACAUCAUUAUUCUGCUGUCAGGUCUGGCUCUCUUUGCUGAGACAGUAUGGGUAACAGCUGACCAGUACCGUGUGUACCCACUGAUGGGCAUCUCAGGCAAGGAUGAUGUCUUCGCUGGUGCCUGGAUCGCCAUCUUCUGCGGCUUCUCCUUCUUUGUCGUGGCCAGCUUUGGAGUGGGGGCAGCGCUCUGCCGCCGGCAGUCCAUGAUCCUCACGUACCUGGUGCUCAUGCUCAUCGUCUACGUCUUCGAGUGCGCCUCCUGCAUCACCUCCUACACCCACCGGGACUAUAUGGUAUCCAACCCAUCUCUGAUCACCAAGCAGAUGCUGACAUUCUACAGUGCAGGCACAGACCAGGGCCAAGAACUGACUCGCCUCUGGGACCGCAUCAUGAUCGAGCAAGAGUGCUGUGGCACUUCUGGUCCCAUGGACUGGGUGAACUUCACGUCAGCCUUCCGGGCUGCCACCCCAGAGGCGGUAUUUCCCUGGCCCCCACUGUGCUGUCGACGGACUGGCAACUUCAUCCCCCUCAAUGAAGAGGGCUGCCGCCUGGGCCACAUGGACUACCUCUUCACCAAGGGCUGUUUCGAACACAUUGGCCAUGCCAUCGACAGCUACACAUGGGGCAUCUCGUGGUUUGGAUUUGCCAUCCUGAUGUGGACGCUCCCUGUGAUGCUGAUAGCCAUGUAUUUCUACACCACACUCUGA